AUGAUCAACGGAAACCCUAUUGAUUGGGCACUACGAGUUUGCGAGUCUAUUGCUUUCAGCUUGCACUGUUGCAUUGGUCUCUCGGAACCAUGGACUGGAGUCAUGAAGGGUGUCACGGAAGGUUCCUUGGUGUACAACAACUUUUUCUUUCCAUUGGCGGGGAUCUUCCUAGGGACCAUUGCCUACUUGAACUUUUCGAGUAGUAAUGCUGUGGUGAUUGGAGUCCAAUGUUACAUCGCAGCAUUUCAUACCGGGGCUGUCUUUACUCAUUUACGGGUUGGGCAUCAUCCAGCAGCGGCAGCAGCACCAGGUAUCUUUAUUGUGCUGGCGUUUGCUGUUCUUGCAAUUCGAGAAAGCUUCUUGUUUGCUGUGAUGGCAACGUUGGCGUCCGUUGCUGUUGGAGUGGCGCUUGGAUUUGUGCUUGUGAAACCAAAAGAGGAACAUUCAGCGCCUCUUUUGAGUGUUCUUGAGGAACAAGAAUCUGAAUAG